AGGGUUCCUGGUAUAGUUGUGCUGACGAGUAGCUCACUCCUUUUGCGCCUCUAGAAGUACAUCAUCGAUACAGACGAUCACAGAAGGACCUGAUCGCCACGGAGGCUUUGCGUAUGGAGCUCGCAUGUAAGCUAAUGACGCCAUUCGCGAUGCGACAGAGUUGGAGUACAUUCGAGUUGGGAACCACGAGGGAUAGGAAUACGAGUUUCCACAUAGACGAAUGCUAGUUCUUCUGGCCGAAUCCGAUUAUUUCACAAACUGCUUGCGAAUGUCCGAGGACUUUGUCUAGAAAUGACCAUCGGAACUUCAUAUCUGGUUGCACUUAACACACGAACUUGGUCUUGCGGUUCUUGCACUUGCGUAAAGGCUGAGUGAGUCAGGAAGAUUGUUUUGCCUCGUCACUCUCCUUCGCCUUCCAUGUCUCGUUUAAACCUGUUCAAAUAGUCUGGCUUCAAGUCGAAUAUCCGAGUUUUUUCGUUUAAGACUCGAUUUGACUCGCCGAAACUUGUAGACCGAUUCUGAAUCGAGUUCCUGUCGAGUUCCCAACCUUAGCCGCAUGUUUUUCUUCACGCGUGUUGAAGCGCCAAAUAGGCAAGCUCGCCACCAGGUUUUCGCGCUCCCAAGAUAUCUUAGCUUUCCCACAAGAUUCCUCGUACGAGCAGCACUUUAAUCUCUCGGCUGAUGCUAUUGUACGAGCAGCUAGUUGUCAAAUCCCCCUUCCCCUCGGAUCCCCCUUUGAAUUCCCUUUUAAUUCCCUCUGAAUCUCCUUCAGAUCGCCUCUAAUCCCCUUCUAUCUUCCUUCAAAUGCCCCUCAAAUUCUUCGUCGAAUCUUUUGUCAAGUCCGAGUCUAGUGAGUCGAGUCCAACCGAUUCUUGGGCCCCAGGCCACCCUUAACUUGAGGGUUCUGGACUUGGACUCGUUGAACAGGUCUAGUCUCGUUGCAUAUCAACCAGAUUGCACCCAUAAGCUCCCCCCUCCCCGUUCUUUAUUUCAGCUCGAAUCCCGACCACAUCUGAUUCGAUUGAAGAUUUUCUCGAUCCUGGGGGUCAUACUUAUUCUUGGAUUUGAGGAUUCGGAUUAGUUAGUCAUUCCCAGUUUCCCCUCUCGCCAGUCGUCUCUUAUCCCACUGUCCGGUUUCCCCCUUCCCAAUGCAUCCGCUUUUCCAUUUCUUUCUCCCUUUUCCUACCCGUUUUCCCCCUCUCCUUCAGCUUUCUCUCAAGCAUAAGUGCUCUCAAGGGUCUGGACGACAGUCACUGUCGUUUUCCUCGCGGAGCACAAUGGACAGAGAUCUACCAGAAAAGCGAGUUACGCGAGCUAGCUCGAAACGUGCUGCUGCAAGUUGCAGUCAGAAUCUCGCUCCUCCUGGUGGCGACGUUGGACCCAAUCUUGCGAGUCCUACGGACAUGCGCAACAACUCCGAGCGGGUAGAACGGUCUUGUUCAAACAAAUAUGGCAGGAACGUGUUCUUCCUAGAUGGAAAGCAAAGGGUGGUUGAGUUUACAGUGUCCACAACAGUUGGUGACGUUCUAAAUGGUGUGGCCAGCACUGUCAGCGUGGAGAAGUUUCCAACCUUGGCGCUGUAUCUACAGAGGUACCGCGCCCCCGAUGCGCGCGAUGCACUUUCAACAAGUGAUUAUGUGAGGAUUGAUGAGAAGACCUUGAUGGCGGAUGUGGUGACGGACGUGGCAGGCGUUAGGCAGAGGAGCAAUGGACGAGUGCGGGCAAGACUAUUAUUUCACCAGAAAUUCUCUGGAGUAACCGAUGGGACUAUGACCGAUUUCGUCUUCCUUUAUCUCACAUACACCCAUAUGGAGCAAUUGCGGCAGCAAGCGUUUGUUGGGAGGGACGAGUUGAUGGGGGUGGUGCAGCAGACCUGGAAGGUGGAGGAGCGAUUGCAGGCGGCGGUGAAGGAGAAGGAAGCGCUGCUGGAGCGAUCCAAGGAGGAAACCGCGAGAGUGCAGAGUGAGCUGAAGGCAUUGCAGGAGAGUACGGCUGCAGAGAGGAGUGCGCUGGAGGCCAAGGUGCGGCAGGAGGAGGAGUUGAGGAAGACGGAGACUCAGGUCGCGGCGAGCGAGAGGCAGGCAUGGGAGGCGAGGCUUGGGGACCUCGAGCAUGCCAAGGCGGAGGAGGUAGAGCAGCUGCAGCGGCGUGCUGGUGCGGAGAUGCGUGGGCAGGCAGAUGCGCUGGAGCAGAGCCAGCAGGUGGUGGCGCAACUGCAGGAGCAGGUGCGGCAGAGUGAGGGGCUGCUGGAGCGCUCCUCAGAGCAGACCUCCGAGGCGCGCAGUGCGGUGGAGCGUUCGGCUGCGGAGUCGCGUCGGCUGGCUGAGGCACUGAAGCAGAGCCAGCUGGUGGUGGCGCAACUGGAUGCGCAGUUGAAGAUGAAGGAUGCGCAUCUAGAGCAGCAGGUGCGGCAGAUUGAGGCGCGCAGUGAGACAAGGGCAUGGGAGCAAGAGAGGAGCGAGGCAGCGGCAGAAAUAGCAAGGGCAGUCAGCAGAGCACUGGUGGAGAAGGUGGGAGAUGUUGAGGCACAGCACGGCGCCCUCGAGAGCGCCCUCGCUGCCAAGGAGGCUGUCUGGGCCGAUGAUCGGAGGGCGUUUCUUGAGUCCAUUGAGCGCCUGCAGCGCCAGGAGGUGGAGGCGAAGCAUCUCCAGGGGCAGGCGGAGGCUGGGCAGGAGCAGGCGCUGCAGGAACGCUCCAGGGUGCAGAGCGAGAUGGAGGAGGUGCGGCGACAGGUGGAGGAGAGGGAGAAGGCGGAGGCAGGGCUGCAGGAGGCACUGAAGGAGAAGGAGCAGCAGUUGGAGCGGUCGGUGGAGGAGGCUUCAAGAGUGCGCAGUGAGGUGGAGCGGCUGCAGCAGCAGGCGUCUGCCAGUGGGAACUAUUUAAUGGAGGUGGUGCAGCAGAGCUGGGAGGUGGAGGAGCGGUUGCAGGCGGCGGUGAGGGAGAAGGAAGUGCUCCAGAAUCGCUCCCAGGAGGACACCGCCAGGGCGCAGAGUGAGAGGCAGGGGCUGCGGCAGCACGCGGACGCGCUUACUACGAGGGUGGAGGAGAGCCGCAGGGUCGAGGCUCAGCUGAGGCAGGAGUUGGCGAACGAGAAGCAGCUGAGGGGAGGGGCGGAGGAGAGGGAGGCGCAGCUGAAGGGUGCGGUGGAGAAGGAGGCGGUGCUGAGGAGAGAGGCGGAGGAGAGGGAGACGCAGCUGAAGGGUGCGGUGGAGAAGGAGGCGGUGCUGAGGAGAGAGGCGGAGGAGAGGGAGACGCAGCUGAAGGGUGCAGUGGAGAAGGAGAUGGUGCUGAGAAGAGAGGCGGAGGAGAGGGAGACGACACUACAGGAGGAGUUGAGUGGGAAGGAGGUGCAGCUAAGGUCAGAGGUGGAAGGGAAGGCGGUGCUGCUGGCGGCGGCUUCCGCGGCGCAGCGUGAACUCGAGGAGCUUCGGGAGAAGCUGAGCAAGUUGCAGAGGGAAGCGCUGGAGCGGACGCGUGCAGCUGAGGAAGCGGGGCAGAAGUGGGAGGUGAAGCGCCUUGAAGUCGAGCUAGAGAAUGUUAGAAAGCUCGAUGAGGUUCAGAAGGAGCUGAGCAACACGCGGAGGGAGCUGAGCAACGCACGGGGUGAAGCACUUGAGCAAGCAGGGGCAGCUGGGAAAGAGAAGGAAGCGUUGCUGGAGGAGCUUUGGGGUCUCAGGCUCAAAAUGAAAAGCAAGGAGUUGGCGGUGGCGAAAGAAACGGCUGAAGCGAGGGCAGCAGAAGGAAUGGCAGCAGGGGCUGUGGUGGCAAGCCUCGAAAGGGCGGUGAAGGAGGCAGAACGGUUGGAAGUGGAGUUAAAGGCCUCCAAGAGUUUAGCUGCACAGUACAAGGCAGACAAGGAGGAAUUGGAGCGGGUGUUACAGCAAGAGAGAGCAUCAGCAGCCAAAGCGGAGGAGCUUAGAGGCCAGCUGAGGGAGGCAACAUGUUCCGCAGAAGCUCUGGCAACCCGUGGAAUGGCAGAGGCAACGCUGAGGGAGGAGUUAGAGGAGAAGGAGGCGGAUCUACAGAAGUUUCGCAAGCAAGUGGAGGAGUUGCGUGCAUCGGAGAAGCGGCUCGACGUUAAGGUCAAGGACCUGGAGAAGCAGUACAACGAAGAGGUUUCGAAGCGGAGGAAGCUCCAAGACUCAAUGGGGAGCAUUCGCGGAAUUGUACGGUGCCGCCCGCUGAGUGCUGAGGAGGAGAGUACUGGGCACAUGCCGGUAGUCACGUGCUCGGAUAAGUUCACAGUGGAGCACUCGGGGAAAGAUGGAGAGCUAAACAGCCAUCCCUUUUACCGCGUAUAUGAUCCAACCGCCACCCAAGCCAACGUUUUCGAGAGCGUUGAGGACCUUGUGGAAGCAUCGCUGGACGGAUUCAACGCCUGCAUCCUCGCGUAUGGACAGACUGGGAGCGGCAAGACCUACACCAUGUGUGGGAAUGAGGCACAGCCCGGCCUCAUUCCACUUGCUGUUCGCAAGAUCUUCAACAGUCGUGAUAAGAGCCCUGCCCAUGUGACCAUCGAGGUGCAGGUAUGUAUGCUGGAGCUCUACCUCAAGGAUGUGCUCGACCUGCUGGACCCCAAGGACCCCAAGAACCCAGCGGGCAUCAGUGUGACCGGAAAGAGGCAGGUGAAUCUGAAAAACGUCACUCUAUUUCCAGUGGAAAGCGCGUCAAGGCUGGAGCAGUUGAUUCAAGAGGGAAUUGGGAGGCGGCAAGUGGACGGAACGGAAAUGAAUGCCGCAAGCUCGCGCUCGCACAUGCUACUAAGCAUUGUUAUUAAAACCUACAACAAUUUAACGAAGAGGACCCACACGGGGAAGCUCUCUUUUGUGGACCUCGCCGGGUCCGAAAGUCUCAAGGCGUCGGGAGCACAGGGGAAGCUGGUAACGGAGACCACACACAUCAACUCGGGGCUGUCGUUCCUGAAUCUAGUCAUUCUGGCGCUGAAGAACGGAUACAGCCACAUCCCCUACGGCAACGACAAUCUCACAAGGGUGUUGGCAGAUUCUUUGGGCGGAAACUCAAAGACGCUGAUGAUUGUCAACAUUUCACCAUCCAACAAAUACCUUGAGGAGACAGAGAAGUCGCUAAGUUAUGGCGUUCUUGCGCAAUGCAUCAUCAAUACGGCAAGCAGGAACGUGGGAGCCACAAAGAAGUGACUUUGCUAAGACAGUUCGAGGCAGGUUGGGCUCCAUGUACAUAUACCCACCACACCCUCUUCAGUGUACAGAUAGUAGACUAGUUAGUAUGUGCCAGGGAGAAAUCAAUAAUUAUAUCUGCUGAUUGAGUGGUACACUUAGUUAUAAAAUAACCAAGGUUGGCAGUCGCUGAUCAUAUCAUAAAGCAUGCUGACCUGGCACAUGGGAAUGUUUUCUGGAUGUAUUGGU